UCUACUUCUUUAGUUAAUUGCAGUGAACUUGCAUUGCGAUUUUCUUCAACCCUUCUCAACAGAAGACACUCCUGUCAAAGUGUUAACUUUCAUGGAUGGCCUGCACGUUUCUGUGAGAUAGUUGCAGUUCCAUCUUUGUAAGAUUUGUGUAUCACUUUUACUAUAGUAUUCUGAAAGGUAAGUAAAGCUUUGCUGAUCUUCUUGCAGCCUUCACCUUUCUUGCGUAAAGAAAUUAUUUUCUUUCUCAGGCCUUGUUGCCAUAAUUUCUUUCAUGUGGUGCCGUUGCUGACAGCAU